AGCUGGACAAACCAGUUGUCAAGAGGCUUCCUCUGCCAUAUGUCAUGUUUUCUAACUUCUCAGGUGUGAGACUUUCUGGAUCACAGGUGAGGAGCUGAAGACAUGUCUGCCGACAUUCAGGCCACCCAACCCCGGGCGUUCGCCAUGACCUCUGCGUCCAAACAGUGGUCCUCUGGCAUCUGUGACUGCUGCCAGGACCGCGCUGUCUGUUGCUACACCUGCUGCUGUUUUCCCUGCUUCGCCUGCCAGACAGCGAAGGAGGCUGGAGAGUGUUUCUGUCUCCCCCUGCUGGAUGCUUUCGGACUCAUCCCGCCCAUGGCCACGGCACUCCGCGCGUCCAUCCGCCACAGAUAUGGCAUCGAGGGAAGCGUUUGCGGCGACUGCGUGUAUGCGAGCUUCUGCGGGCCCUGCACCUGGUGUCAGAUAUCCAGAGAGAUCAAGACGAGACAAAACCCGGUGGUGUUUGUCAGCGCAGCCGCCUGAUCAGAACUAAUGGUCCGCUCCCUCAUCAACAACCCGAGAAGCUGACGUCACAGCCGUCAUCAGAGAGAUGGCACCCAAAGAGUUUCCACGCUUGAUUGGAUUAAGAGAGACUUUCACAUGUUUCCAGGAACAUCUGAUAGAACAUUGAGUGAAAAGGAACAAAGGAUGGAAAAUAGGGAAAUAUUUUACCAUCAGCCAUGCAUCCACAUUGUAGAAAAUACUGAUUUCAUCCACACAUUUACUUUUGUUUACCAUUUUUAUGUAAUGGUUGAACAAAUAUGCAUGUAUG